UGCGUACUUUGGCCCCCUCACCGGCCCAUACCGUCGAAGUCUCUUGGAUACAUGGAGUGGUAUUCUUCGCGGCUUUGAAAUUAAGACAAGUGAGCAGAUGGAUCUUGUCGCCACCACGGGGGAUCCAGUGCAGAUACAGGAGUGGCAGCUCUGUGGGCUGCCAAAAGAUCCACUUUCUACGGAGAAUGCUAUCAUUCUCACGAAUGCACGGACAUGGCCGUUAUUGAUCGAUCCACAAGGUCAAGCGAAUGCGUGGAUUCGGAAUUUACACAAGAACGACAACUUGCAGGUAUGUAAGGCUUCCGAUGAGAAAUUCAUGAAGGUUGUGGAGGGUGCUAUUCGUAUUGGCCUCCCCUGUUUAUUGGAAAAUGUGGGUGAUUCUCUCGAUCCAGCACUGGAGCCAGUUUUAUUACGAAAUGUCUUUCUUAUAGGCAGCACACCCCACAUCCGUGUUGGCGACUCUGCUAUUCCGUAUGACAAGCGAUUUAAGUUCUACAUGACGACAAAGCUUCCGAAUCCUUCAUAUACACCAGAGAACAUCGUGACAGUUUCCUUGUUGAACUUUUUCAUUACACGAAGCGGACUAGAGGAUCAGCUAUUAGGCAAAACGGUGGAGAAGGAGCGUAAUGACCUUGAGCAGGAAAAACAGAAACUCACCCGGGACUGCGCAGAGAAGAGCUUGGAGUUGAAGAAGAUGCAAGAAAACAUUUUACGCAUGUUGGAGGAGGCGGAAGGCGACAUUCUCGACCAGGAGGAGUUAAUCGAUACACUAGAAAGGAGUAAAUUGAAAUCCACAGAGAUUAAGGAUGACUUGCGACGUGCGCGUGAGACAGAGAAGACGAUUGAUGAAACCCGAAAUAAAUAUCGUCCACACGCGUAUCGUGGAGCAUUGCUGUUUUUUUGUGUGUCGGAGCUUUCCAUGGUGGACCCUAUGUAUCAAUUUUCUCUUCAGUGGUUCAUCAACCUGGUGCUGUUUGCCGUGGACAAGACGGAGCAGGCGGAGGACAUUGAUACACGUGUCAAGAAUCUGACGGAAUAUUUCACGUACUCCUUUUACACAAAUGUCUGCCGCUCUUUGUUUGAGCGUCACAAGCUGACAUUUUCGUUUUUCCUCUGCACUUCCAUUCUGCAGCAGGAGGGCAGUCUGAACGGCGACGAGUACCGCUAUUUGCUGACAGGACCGACUGGUCGAGGAGGCAACGCGGCAAACCCGGCUCCAGAAUGGCUUACAAAGAAUUCAUGGAACGAGAUCCAAUUCAUCAGCGCC